GCGUUGUGGCGUUGCGGACAUCAAAAUAACUGUUGCGAUUAUAUUGACGGUGGUCGCUGUUUUUGAAAUUAUGGACGAGAGUUCACUGCAAGGAGUUAUCGAAUCUUUCAAGUACUUGAGGUUCAAAGAAGCGGGUCGCCUCUUGGAUGUACAAGAGGCCCCGAGCGACGCCUUGCACCACUUGGUGUGGAAACACAACAGACUCGUGUGCCGGGCAGAGGUUGCAACGUUGGACGGCGUUUCGGAGCGGACGCUCGUGCACGAGUUCUACACACUGUUCGAUCUCCUGCGAGACGCUACCGUGAAAAGUGGGACAUUGGCCCUGGCAUGUGCCAUAUUGCACAACGAAUCCAAAUGCAUUCAGAUUGGCUUGCAAGAUUUGACCCGCCACUACGGUGUGCUUCUUGAGAAAGCAUCCAUCUUGCUGAAUGCAUCUUACGCCUCAAGCACGACCUCUGUGGUGGAAGAUGUCGGAGAUCUCAUCAAGUCGUUUCGGCAGGUCGGAAAGAGACUGAAAAUGCAAGAUCCAGCGUCCUUUGAACUUUUGGUCCUUGCAAGUUGCAGCCUGGCUGAGAGGCUGUUGAGCGAAAACGACUUUGUGAACAGCUUUCAACUGCUGUCCUACAUCUCUGCUCUGGGUCUUCCAGAAGUGACAAAAGAUGAACAGGAACGAGACUGGCUGCGGGUAACACAGUACAGGGACCAUGCCUCACUCCGGUCCCUGUGCAGUGUGCUCCGCGCGGUGUGCGGUUACAUCUCCACCGGCGCCUCGCCCGAUGUCCGGCGAUGCCUCACCGAAGUCCGCUGCCAGGCUCUGGACCCUUUUGUGACAUAUUUCCAAGCCCUUGUCUGCUUUGAAAGCAUGGCUGACGCCGGAGCUGACAUUUGGAAAGCUCUGCAGAAGCUUCAAGCUUCGAGCAGUAACAGCGUCCGCUCAGCACUGCUGAACCUCGUUGGCUGUCACCUGGCCAAGAAGGGGAAGUGGCACUCGUCGGUGGAGCUCUUCCUCGCCUCCCUGGAGCAGGAUCCAUGCAACCUGCUCGCCCUGUGGAACAUGGCCCAGUGCUACGACUGCCUCGGGAUGCACGACGCCCAGUUCCAGGCGCUCGUCCUCCUGUUUGAGGAAGCGCUGCAGACGCGUGUGUCCGGCCGCAGCACUGUCUUGGAUGGCCCUGAUGGGAGACGCUGCUUUCUGUCGGAGGUGGCACCGGCACCGAGCCUGUCCCUAGCGUACCACUCGGCCCGCCGCCUGAUGGCCCUGGGGCGCUACGAGAAAGCGGCCGACUGUUAUGACCAUCUCCAGGAACUCUGGGAAGACUGCACCGUGGCCAAGGAAAUCCACGCGUUUGACGGCCGGCUCCCCGUUCCGGACUGUCGUGACGUGCAGCUGGAACGCGUCCACUGCCUGCUCAACUGCGGCCGUUUCGAAGACUGCGUCCAGCUCUGCGGCCAGCUGCUGGGUGCUGCGUCAGUGGAGGAGACUUCCACGGACUGUCCCUCGGCUUUUCCGGAUGACGGGGACGGCGUGGUCUUCGGCCGUCUUUCGUCGACGGAGCCCUCCUCUCCCGCGAGUCACGCCGUAAAGUUGCAGCUGCGGACGAUUGCGUUCCACUUCUACAGGGGCUCCUCUCUCGCUUCUCUCGAGAGAUAUGAAAACGCCCUGGAAGAUAUCCGCUGUGCCCUCCGGAUGACGCACGCACUGAAGCAGUGUCGGUGCGGACGGUCUCGGCCAGUCGUGAGUGGACGGGAUGAGAGCACAGGCGAAAGUGCGGAGACCCCCGCCAAGAGACCCAAACUGGACGGCGGUACGGGCAACGUCGUGGAAGGAGAAGUCGGUGUAGUGGACCCGCAUUCCACGGCGGCAUCCAACUCGGGCUCGAGCAAUGCCUGCGACGCCUGCCACCUCAAGUCCAAGUUGCUGGUGAACUUGGGCGUGAUUCGCGUCCGCCAGGACCUGCUUCGGGAUGCCUACAACCACCUGCAGGCUGCAAUCGUCACGUGGCCAGGCAACAUCGACGCCGCCUACAAUCUGAGCGUGCUCUUGAUUGCUACGGGAAAGCUCGAAGCUGCACGCAUUGUCUGGCAGCAGUUCAAGGCAGGGGCCAGACGGAACGGAGCCGAGCUGAACGGGGCUCUUGUCCACAGUUCAAGCGUGGGAGCGCCCCAAGUGCAGUACCUCGACGAAAAGCUUGCAUCCAACAGCUGAUUCAUGUGGUGCGUGCAAAAGAAAGAUUUUUAAAGUCCUUUGUACUAGAGAAGAAAUUUUCCAUGUUCAGUUUCUUGUGUUAGGUAUGUAAAUAGGCAUCACAAAAAAGUAAAUAAAGCAUGUGUACGGUACUUUUAUUAUGAUGAAUAUGUGCAGGUUGGCAACUUGGUGCGCUUUGGCAAUGCGGUAUUAUAUGCAUGAAAUCUGAGGUCCAGUUGAGCUUAGAGAUUCAUCAGAGGAGCGAGGGCAGACUGGCACUGGGGGUGCAUGGGAAUUUACACUAAAUGAAGAAGUGCAGGGGGACAUGGGCUGGGCAUCUUUCGAGGCGACCAGUGAGUUGAUAUUUGAACAAAAGCUAGACAAAAUUGAUGAUGCACGAUGGGCGAGAAAGGCAUAUAAGCACUUAUACAUGGAAAGUCAGGACAGCAAAAUGGACAAGCCGAACCCGAAAACUGAAAUUCAAAUGCCAACAGUCAAGUGCUGGGACAGAGUAUAGACUACCUCUGUGGAAAAGAAAUUAAGAGAAACCGAGAGAAAAAUCUGGGAGGAAAGAAUGCAGGGAAAAUCAGCUUCAACAGGGGACAAAAACAGGAAAUAUGGAAGGAACAUUGGCAUGAUAAUUCACGGGGGAGUUCAUUGUUAUUCGAAGCUAGAACAGGAGUAUUGAGGACUAGGACAUUUAGGACAAAGUGUGAGGAAAUGGAUACGCAGUGUGCUGUGUGCCAUGGGGAAGACAAGACAAUAGAACAUGUGGUGCUGAGGUGCAUUGGACUUGCUCCCGCCCUCCCGGAGGGGGCAAUGGAUUUAGCUGGAGCACUGGGGUUUGCGGACGAGAAUGGAUGAUACACUUUGAUAACAGAGAAGAUUUGAAGACUGGUGGAAAUUAUCUAGAGGAAAUGGAAUGACGUACAACUAACUAGGAACAGCUGGAGACAGGUGGGACAGAGGGAGAUUGGCUACUCCCUCGCCGGGGGAGGAGGCGAGGGGUUAUGUUCUUAGUUUUCUUUCUCCAUUCCCCAAAAGUUAUCUUGGUGAUAGUUAUAAAAUUGCAGGGAAGCAAAUGAACCUAGAAGGGCGAGGGGCCAAAUCACUUGUUUUUAAUUUCUAGGCUAGGUUGCUCAUGCCAGUGCCCGUUAUGAAGGGUACAGCCGUUAGCAUCCGUUGAUCCAUCCAGCUUAGCGCAAGUAUUCAGGAAAUAAAGCAAAAAAUGCUGUUUUUAGCUGAUGAUUGUUGAGGUGUUUUCACCACACCUGCUGCUUGCCCUGUUGCUAACAAAGUGGUUCAGAGACCUUUAAAGGUUAGGAAACCCCUAGAUUCGGAAAUGCUGUUUGAAGCGUCAACCUUUUUGCCCGCUGCAGCUGUGUUUUGAACUGCUGUUGCAAGACGUGCCACAGCGAGCAAGAAGGUUUACGCUUCGAACAGUGUUAGCCCAAGUGAGGGGUACGAUAAAGGAUUACGCUCUCCGUGGGAGUUUGCCAACUGAAUUGAUCGAGUAACGUUGGUCCGACCUGUCCGAGUUGGAGGACGAAGAUGUGCACGCAUACAAUGGCGCCUCGGAUGGGGCCUCCUAACUCGAAGAAUUAGAAGGGUCUUUUGCUUUUUCAGAUGAAGGACCUCUUUGUUGAGGAAUGAGGUGUGCUGCACACACGUUGCAGCUCGCUGUACAUGGCACUCGCUGUUCAUGUGCAGAAGGCCCGAAAAGUUGUGAAAAAAAUGAGGUGGCAGACCGUGCUUCCCCGCUUCGGAAGCUCAGUCUAAGAAGCCCAUCCUGGAUUGCGUAACGAGGUGGAUGUCCCCUGGGGCCAUAAUGCGAUGACUGCUGGAGCCGUGAUACUUCCGAGAUGAGUUUAUCAUGGAUGAUGAACACCGUCUUAAUCAAGAAGACUGGCAGUCAAUAAACAACGUAGUUGCGCCCCUGGGGCUGGCCGAGGAAGCAACAGUGCAGCUUCAAAGGGAGCAACUAACUUUGGGAGACUUCCACGGAGCAGGGCUCUCGUGUCGAAUUGAGAUGUCAAGAAUAGACCAUUCGCAGUAUUCCCAAGCGCCCCAGCCC